UCUGUAUUGUAUAGUCAUACCUUUACCUCUAGAUAAAAAAUAUCGAUAUUAUAUCUUUUGUUUAUAGGUUAGAUAAAUAGUAAUAAAGUGUUGUGAUGUGCACACAGGAAAAACUUUAUUGUGAAUUAUUUAAAUACUAAAACCGUCAGACAAGUGAAAUUAUGUCGAUAACUUGAAUUUUGCAUAAAAUAAUGAUAGUGCAAUCAGGUGUGAAUAAAUAAUUUAUUUUGCGUCUUAAUUUGAAUGCAGUAGCAAUGUCCGUGCUAAACUUUUGAACAUGAAUAGUUAAAUUGAGGAUUGUUAAGCUCCAGUAUAUUUUAGAAAAAUGAAAAUUUCACUAUCAUCGCCACUUCUUCGGCAGUAUGCUGUAGUUGUAAUUGUGAACCUCAGCAUAUUCACAACAGGGAUAAGUUUGGCGUGGCCAUCGCCUAUUCUCGUCAAACUCAACGAUCCAGAACAAACCCCUUUGUCCAGACCCAUCACAGCUGAGGAGGGAUCAUGGAUAGUGUCCGUUGGAUUCCUCUGUGCUACCUUCACCAUCAUCCUCUUUGCGAGACUCUUGGAUAUAAUCGGCAGAAGGUAUUGCUUGUUGAUGAUGUUCGUCCCGAAGAUACUGAUAGGGCUUCUCUACACCUUCGCCAGUGAAUUAUGGAUGCUGAUCCUUGGUAGAUUGGUCAUGAAUAGUAUUGAUUGUUAUGUGUUGGUCAUUGUGCCGGUAUAUGCAUCAGAGUUGGCAAGUAAAGAACACCGCGGAGUUUUAGGAACCCUUCUCCAAGUAUUCGCAAGUUUAGGAGAACUAGUUACCUUGUCUAUAGGACCAUUCGUCUCAUAUAAGUCUUUCAAUAUAAUAUUUACUUGUUUAAUAGCUGCAACUGUGAUACCUACUGUAUUGUUUUUACCUGAUAGUCCAUCGUUUUUAUAUUCUAAAGGACGCAAAGAAAAAUCUCUGAAUGUGCUAACACAUUUACGAGGAGAUCCAAUGAAAGCAGCCAAAGAAAUAGAAGAAUACAAUCUGGCUACUCAAAAUCAGGAGAGAGUAAAAAUAGCAUCGUUACUUAAAGACAGAGUGUUCAGAAAAUCUCUAGCUUUAGCUUCUUUAGUAGCUGUUGGGACACAGCUCAUAGGAUUCAACGCUGUUACAUUUUAUCUACAAACAAUAUUUAUAUCAACGAAUACUAAUGUUAGAUCAGAAAUAGCUUCAGUGAUCAUUGGUGUGAUACAAGUAGUAUCAAGUAUGCUAACACACAUAGUUAUAUCUAGUAGAUUUAGUAGAAAAACUAUACUAACUGCGUCACUUAGUACAAUGUGUGCUGGAAUGGUUGGAUUAGGAGUAUUUUUCAAAGUCACUGAACCGGAGGAUUAUAUUAUCAGUCGUUUUAUGAAUUACCUGCCACUGAUUUGCCUUAUUGUUGUUAUAUCUUCUUAUAUAGCUGGUAUUGGAUCUUUGGUUUGGUUGGUGAUUGGUGAACUGUUUGAAGAUUCUGCAAGAGCGUUCGGUGUAUCAUUUUCUUUAACCGGGACUGUUGGCCUGAUAUUUUUAACCAGCAAGUAUUUCCCAUUAGUGACCUCAAGUUUGGGUCCACCAGCAACUUACUGGAUCUUCAGUGGUCUCAAUGUAUUAUUGAUUACCUUAAUAGCUCUCUUCUUACCUGAGACGAAAGGAAAGUCAUUUAAUGAAAUACAAAAGGCUUUAGGAAGAAAAAUGGAAGAUGACAAGGCAGAAAAUAUUUCAUAAGCUUUAAUAAAACAUUAUUUAUAA